AUGAAGACCCCAACCCUCGUCGCCCUCACAACCCUCGUCGCCCUCCUUUCUCCCGCCGUCUCCUAUCCUGGUAUGGCCACAGCCCUCUCUGCCCUCCACCACCACGCCUCUCCCGCCGACGAAGACCCAAAGGAACUAAUCGGGGAUCUUCUAACUCUCACAGACUCCCAGCUGACCUCCAUUGGCAAAGACAUCGAAGCCAUCCUGCUCGGCACCCUGACAGCCGAAUCCAGCACCAUCGACAACUCUGUCCCCGCUGCUCUAGGCUCCUCCGCCUGCUCCUCGGACACCUGCUGUGUCUGGAAAUGGAUCGCCUACGAUAUGACCGCCAAAUUCAACGACACCUCCGGCCGCUGCACGCUUUUCGCCCGCGCCGCCGUCCGGCUGGGCUUCCACGACGCGGGAGCGUGGUCGAAGACCUCCAGCUACGGUGGCGCGGACGGCUCCAUCUUGCUAACGGACGAGCUAAUGAAGACGCUGUACAACAAAUAUCACCAGUACGGCGUCGGCAUGACAGAUCUGAUCCAAAUGGGCGCUACCAUCGCUAGCGUCGUUUGCCCGCUAGGCCCGCGCAUUCGCUCGUUUGUGGGGUGGGUAGACAACGCAAAGGCGGCGCCCGCGGGAUUGCUGCCGGGUGUGAAUGACUCCGCAGAUAAGCUAAUUGCGCUGUUCAAGGCGAAGACGAUUGAUCCGCAUGGGCUCGCAGCACUGGUGGGCGCGCAUACGACGAGCCAGCAGCAUUUUGUGGAUACGGGAAGGGAUGGUGAUCCGCAGGAUAGCACGCCGGGGAUGUGGGAUGUUAAGUUUUAUGGGGAGACAUUGAAUAGUGUGCCGCCACGGGUGUUCAAGUUUGCGAGCGAUGAGAAGCUGUCGGUGGAUUCGAGGACGGCGGAUGAAUGGAAGGAGUUUGUUGGAGAUCAGGAGCACUGGAAUGAGGACUACGCGCAAGAGUACGUUCGCUUGAGUUUGCUCGGGGUAAACAACAUCAACAUCCUCAAAGAGUGUACCAAGGUUCUACCACCGCGCGUCAACUCUUUCGUGGCACAAGAUCAGACCGUGUUGGAUCUCUGGCUGCAGGGCCAGUUCGACCAGCUGAAUUCGCUCAUAGACGAUUCUGUUUUGUUGACUAGGUUUACUAGUAGGACGACCAUUGGGAAGGAUCAAACAAAGCCAUUGGAAGAUUAGUCUGAUUCUCAUUUGCAUCUCCUACACAUCUCAUGGUUGCUGAGCGUAGAAGUCUGUUUCCUCUCUUUCCAUGGGGCACAUCAACCGUCGUUAUGAAGCUGGGACAUCCAUCUUGCGCAGCGGUUUAGAUUUGGAAAGCCUAGAACGGUACAUCUUGCUUCGAAGUGUAAAUUCUCCUCCAAGACGCCCUGACGGCGUUGUCAAUCGGUC